AUGGCGGGCAUCUCUGAGGAUCCGCAGGGGCCGGCACUGCGGCUGGUCCUGGCGGCGGCGGUCAUCUUGAUCGUCCUGCGGGACUCCCUGCUGGAGGACCCGAACCGCCUCCUUUGCGCGGCCGUGGCGUCCGUUCUGGUGGUCGAGUGGGUCGGCUGCGGGCGGCGCUGGUACGCCUGGCUCUGCGGCUCCGGCCUCGCGAAGUACUGCGCCGCGACCAGACGCGCGUUUCCCUGCGACCGCCGCGGCUUCGGCGACGACCACGACCGGUUGUGGGGCUGCGUGCCGGUGCCGGCCGUGCCGGUGGCGGGCAUGGACGCUCUGCUCUUCUUCAUCGCAGCGCCGCUAUUCCUCUUCCCGCAUUCGCAAGCGGCGCGCGCGCUGGCCGCGGGCGCCGCCCACGUAUACGUCACGAACCUCCAGACGCACAAGACGGGCGGACAGCACGGCAUCCUCGUGCUGCACGUGCUCGCGCUGCAGGCGCUGCGGUCGGAGGGUGAGGGCGCGCUGUGCCUCCUCUGCACGCGGGCCGUCGUGCUGAGCCUCUACUUCGGGGCGGCCCUGUCCAAGCUCAAGGUGAGCGGCCCGCGCUGGUGCGACGGCGGCACGCUCCAGAAGGAGCUCUUCGAGAGCACGUUCCUCGUGCCCGGCGCGCCCUGGCAGCUCCGGGCGACGCGCGCCGUGGCCCGCGACCGGGCCCUGUGCCGCGUCGCGUCGACGGCGACCGUCGCCGUCGAGUUCUUCGCGCCCCUCUUGAUGCUUAUGUUUCCGGGCUUCCCGUUCGAGUGGCUCUACGUGCCCGUGCACGUGGCCAUCUACGUGCUCAUGGGCGUCGACUUUGUUACCUGGUGGGUGCCCGUCCUGCUCCUGUUGGGCCUUUUCGCCCGCGAGCCCCCGCCCGCGUCCCUGUCGUCUAGCCCCGCGAUGCCCCUCUACGCGCUCGUGCAGCUCGUGAUUUCUCUCGCGAGCGCGGACCUUCGGGGCGUGAAGUGCUUCCCCUUCACGUGCUGCCCGAUGUUCUGCGACCGCAAGGAGCUAUUUGGAGAAGGGGGCGGCACGUGGACGCUCACCGACGCGCCGCUCCCGGGCCUGCUGACGCCCUGGUACCCGCCCUCGUACAUCCAGGGCAAAUUUACGGCGAGCGAGCUGCCCCGGCUCCCCUACCGCUACGCGAGCUUCUCCUUCGGCGCCGGCGACGCGCUCGCGCUGACGCGGCUCCGGCCGAAGCGCGAGCGGCCGCGCGACGGGCACGAGACGUUCGCAAAUUUCGAGGUCACCGGAUGCCUCCGGGACCGCCUCCGGGACGGCGCGGCCUUCGUCCGGCGCGGCGACGCGGGCUGGGCCUGGGACCGCGGCCGCAUGGACGAGCUCCUGGCGCACCAGAGCGCCAUCCAGGACGCGAUGCGCGCCGCGUGCGCGGGCGAGGACGCCGACGCCGUGCGGCCGCCCCCGAGCAACCCCGGCGGGUAA